AUAACAGAUAACUUUGUUACAUUCAGAACUCCUUAAUUAAUUAAAUAAACAACAAGUGCAAUGUCAAAUAAUAAUAGGAUUUUUCAGUGUAAGCUUUCACUUACAGAUGAAAAAGAUUUGGAAGUUUUAAAACUUUCUGAGCGCCUUUUCGAAGCAAGUACACCAAAUAUUUUCGAAGAUAUCACUGUUAAUCUUCAAGGAAAAAACAAACAAUAUUCUACAGAAGAUGCCGCUCCAAAACCACUCUUUACGUACGUGAACAACACUGUGCUGUCCGAAAUACCCACUGUUGUUAGUAUUCGGGAACUUUUCAAUAAAUACGAUCAAACUCAUUUCUCAAUUGAUAAAACGUUAACGCUUAACGAUUUCUUGAAAGAAAAUGAUUUUCUAAGCAAAAUUAUAGAUACACCAGUUAUGCAAAUCGCCAUGAAUUUUCUCCAUAAAGAAGGAUCAGAGGAAAUUAUUUAAAAAAAAAUUGGUUUACACUUUUUCCACGCGAACGGAAUGUGAUGUUUGCAAGUUGUGGUUUUAAGCAUGUUUUCAUGAAGGAAAUUGUGAAAAAGAACGAAGUCACCGGACUUCAUAAUUGGAUUUACUACUACGAUCAAGAACAAAAUAGCCAAAAUGAAUUGGAUUACAAAGGAUACUUUAUUAUACCCAAUAAGGAGCGAACGUUAAUUACCGCUUAUCCCGAUUUUUAGAGGACACAAAAAUAAUUCUAAACAUAAAUACAAAAAAUCUAUAAAAAACAUGAUUUAAUUUGA